CAUUCCUCCUGACCGAAGCUGUUUUGUCCAAGCGUGGACUUUUCCUCUCUUGGCGACAAAGGGAAACAUCUGAGACUGGGCUAGGAGGGGAUCUACGCAGAGUUCAGGAUGGUAACUCCUCUUUCUGAGGCCGGAAGCAAUUCCGGCCACGGCCUAUAUAGGCGGCGCGCUCGACGGUCAGGCAAUCAUACACUUUUUCCUCCUCUCAAGCCCGUAACCUGCUGCUCCUUUACGAAUCACGUGCCAGUUCUACUUGGUGUAUCAAAACUUCUCUUAAUCAAGUUCAAACAUGGGAUCCCUUGCACACAACAGCAAUAGAUUCCCGGUCCUGGAGGACACUAGGCCGGAUGACAUGUCCCUCCCUGCAUUCAUGGUGUCGACAACCAGGGGCUUCCUGCCGAGGAUGGACCCGAUCGUGGACCUCCCCGCCGAGUUUGCGGCCCUCGAGUCCGUCCUCCAGAGAAUGCCCAUCAAGACGGCGUCAGGGGAACCCGGGCUGCUUGCCCACGGCGGUCUCGGCGACGUGGUCUCUAAGGAGCUGCCCGACCUCACCGAGUUCGUCGACACGUACAAGGCGAACCUGCCCCUCGUGAAUGCCCUCUACAGGGACUACUCCUUCCUGGCGUCGGCGUACCUCCUCGAGCCCUGCCACCAGAGGUUCGUGCGUGGGGAGCCAUAUGGUCUGGGGCGCAACGUCUUACCGGCCAAUAUCGCAAGGCCCAUUGCCCGGUGUGCCGCGAUAUGUCAGUUCAAACCAUUCAUGGAGUACGCGGGAUCGUACGCCCUGUUCAACUACCGCCUCGUCGACCCAGCCGCGGGUCUGGACUACUCCAAUCUACGUCUGAUCCGCGCCUUCGAGCACGGCCUGGACCCGACGUCGUCCGAGGCCGGCUUCGUGCUCGUCCACAUCGACAUGGUCAAGAACUCGGGCCCGCUCAUCGCGGGGACCAUGGCCUGCCUCGACGCCUGCACCGCCGCGGCCGCUGCUGCUGCUUCAGACGCCACCGCGGCCCUCGAGCACCGCCGAUCCCUCAACGCCGGCCUGUCCACCACGCUGUCGGCGCUGCAGCGCAUCAACGCCGUCAUGGAGACCAUGUGGGCCAAGUCGAAGCCGCGGUCGUACACGUCGUUCCGCACCUUCAUCUUCGGGAUCACGUCGCAGAGCAUGUUCCCGGAGGGGGUCGUGUACGAGGGCGUCGGCGGUGAAGACGGGGAGAAGCCCCUGUCGUUCCGCGGCGAGUCGGGCGCAAACGACUCCAUGGUCCCGCUCGUCGACAACCUGCUGCGCAUCCCCAUGCCGCACACGCCGCUGACAGAGAUCCUCGAGGACUUCCGCCAGUACCGGCCCAGCAACCACCGCGACUUCCUGGCCUGGGUGAGGGAGACCAGCGGUGGGUUGGGGCUGAAGGGGUGGGCGCUCGCCACCCGGGGGGAGGAGAGGACGAUGGUGGAAGAGGAGGAGGAGGUCAGGGAGUCGAGGAGGCUCUGGCUGCAGGUGCUGGACCAGGUCAGGGAUUUCAGGUGGAGGCACUGGUGCUUUGCCCGGGAGUACAUCCUCAAGAUGACGAGCCACCCCACGGCCACGGGCGGUAGCCCCAUCGUCACGUGGCUGCCGAACCAGCUGCAGGCUGUCUUGGAGGAGAUGGUCAGCUUGUAUGGCUCGUUUGGGGACUUGGGGGAGGAGUGUCGCGAUAUCAUGGACCUGGUGCAUCGACAGAAGGAUACGCUGGCGAAGGAGGUGAAGAAGUACUGCGAGGAACGGGGGGUGCCGGCGGCUUAGGAUGGGCUGGACAUUGGUUGGUUGGUUGGUUGUCUGAUGCUAGCUAGAGGUAGUCUUGGAAUACCUAACAGAGAAUGAAGUGAAUGUGAGAGGACAGUCAAAACUACCCCUACCACCUGCCCAAGACAUAUAAUGCCCAAU